AUGCGUACAAUAACGAAGUAAAUUGAAUUUUCAAAUUAGACCAGGUACAAUCAAGAUAAACAAAAACAAAGAUAAUUAUGAACAAUAUAAAAUACUUGUACUAGGUGAUCCAUUUGUUGGUAAGACAUCAAUUUUAGACAGAUACAUCAAUGGAGAUUUUAAUGAGAAAUAUAAUUCAACAAUAGCAGUUGAUUUUAAACAUGUACAACCAUCUUCAAAUAUAUCUGUAAAUAUUUAAUAUAUAAAUAUAAAGUUAAACUUUUGGGAUUUUAGUGGACAAUAAGAAUUUGUAGAAGUUAGAAAUGAAUUUUAUAAGGAUGCUAAUAUGAUAAUGUUAGUUUUUGAUUUAUCUACUCGUAAAACAUUAGAGACUCUAGAUAUGUGGNUUACAUUCAUAAUGCUUGAUUGUAGAAUAUCAAAGAUCUAAUAAAUAAUUAUAAACUUUUAUAAGUAAUUAUCAAAAAAUGAAAUCACCUAUACAACAAUAUAUUUAUUAUAGUUUAAUAUUGAAUUUAGAAAAUCUAAAAUAUCUUAAGAGAUGAAUUAUAUAAUAUUUUUAAUUUUUUAAUAGUGA